UGAUGAAGGUGACUCUCCCUUUCUCCAUCAGGUGCUGAACGAGGCAGUAGGGGCCAUGAUGUACCACACCAUCACCUUGACCAGAGAAGACCUGGAGAAAUUCAAGGCUCUACGCAUCAUCAUCCGCAUCGGCAGCGGCUACGACAACAUCGACAUCAAGGCGGCCGGAGAGAUGGGCAUCGCGGUGUGUAACAUCCCGUCGGCGGCGGUGGAGGAGACAGCAGACUCCACUCUGUGCCACAUUCUCAACCUGUACCGGCGGAACACCUGGCUGUACCAGGCUCUCCGGGAGGGCACGCGGGUCCAGAGCGUGGAGCAGAUCAGAGAGGUGGCGUCCGGAGCCGCCAGGAUCCGAGGAGAAACGCUGGGCCUCAUCGGCUUCGGUCGUUCAGGGCAGGCGGUGGCGGUGCGGGCCAAGGUGUUUGGCUUCAACGUGAUCUUCUACGACCCGUACCUGCAGGACGGCCUUGAGCGUUCGCUGGGUGUUCAGCGUGUCUACACCCUGCAAGACCUGCUCUACCAGAGUGACUGUGUCUCCCUGCACUGCAACCUGAACGAACACAACCACCACCUCAUCAACGACUUCACCAUCAAACAGAUGCGUCAGGGUGCGUUCCUGGUGAACUCUGCGCGGGGAGGUCUGGUGGAUGAGAAGGCCUUGGCUCAGGCCCUGAAAGAGGGCAGGAUACGAGGGGCCGCCCUGGACGUUCAUGAGUCAGAACCCUUCAGUUUUACCCAGGGUCCUCUGAAGGAUGCUCCUAACCUGAUCUGUACUCCUCACACGGCCUGGUACAGUGAACAGGCCUCACUAGAGAUGAGAGAGGCAGCCGCCACAGAGAUACGCAGAGCCGUCACUGGCCGUAUCCCCGACAGUUUACGAAACUGUGUCAACAAGGAGUUCUUUGUUACCACGGCACCCUGGACAGUGGAGCAGCAGCAGAUGCAGCAGCAGAUGCACCCUGAACUCAACGGUGCUGCGUACAGGUACCCCCCUGGUGUGGUGGGUGUGGCCUCGGGUGGGAUCCCUGGGCCGAUGGAGGGGAUGAUGCCUGGGGGGGUGCCCAUCGCCCACACCCUGCCCUCUGGUACCCACCCCUCCCAGGCCCCCUCCCCCAACCAACCCUCCAAACAAGGGGAGCCCAUGAGACAGCACAUGACCGAGCCAUAACUCUGCAUCCAGGGAGGAAGGAGUUCAUAUAUACAAAACCGACCAACUGACCCACCCGCUCUUAGACCAGCAGACUGAUCGUUAGGGUUCACACAGAACACCGGAACCAAGUGGGGACAGUGAAUAUAUUCACAACUGACACUCCAAAGUGGGGACAGUCAAAACUCAUGUUCCAAGGAUCUGAACUUUUCACUUCUCAUUUUCCUUUGUUUUAGUUUGUAUUCAGUUUAAGUGUUUACUCUUUUUUUUUUUUUUUUUGCAUUUGUUGGAAGAUUCCUGUGUUCUGGGACAAGUUGUUACCGAGUGCCAGAGUUAAGGCUCGCCCAUCUUGACUGACCCACCAAUGGGAGAGCUUGGAAGGACAAUGACAUCAUCUGUUACUGCCCCAUUCUUCAUUUCAGUUCAGUCCACGUGUGUCUGUGUAUUUUUCUUUCACCUGUUCUGAGACCACCCUACAAGUGAAUAUCUGUCUUUCUGUUCUUCAAUGUGAAAAAAAAUUAAUGAUUAUAAAAUGACAUAUAUUUAUCAGACAGUAGAAAAAGACAAUUGGUGUUGCCAGUGGCAUCGGCAGUCUCAAUGGGGACCUCUAAACCCUUUCCUAGUCCAUCUCUCACCCUGUUGACUGCUGGCUCAUGAAUUUACAGACAGUAAUGUUGGACACAUCAGGGUUGCCAGAUCUCUUGAGCCUCAUGACCAGUACGAGACAAAAACAAUAAGCCCAAAUUGCCAUUCUGAAGAAUCAAAACAAAACUCAAUUUAAGUGAAUAUGGGACCUAAAACCCUUAUUUGAAUUUGUCCAUUGUGAACAUCUCUCAACCCCUGAGAACACCCAAAGUAUUAUAGAGAAGAUUUUGUUCUGGUAAAACUCCAAUGUAGUCAUUUAGUUCCUCUAAAGAGCUUCUUCAAAGAUCCAGGUUCUGACGCACAGGUGGGAGAGAGACUAGUGUGAUAAAGGUUAUGAUCACAAUUUCAGACAAUGUGAAGUUUUAACUAUUGAUGAAUUGCCUUUCAUUACGACUUUGGAUUCAGUAAUGACAUGUGGUGGUCGUCUGCCACUAAAAUAUUGAAAUAAGAAAUGGAUGCAACGGCAGUUCUAACUGUUAAAAGCACCUCUGCUUUUACCUGGACCUCUACAUUAUGGAUUUGGACAUUGUCACGGGUGUUUGUAUACGAGAUUGAUCUCUUAAAAUGUCCUGUUUUUUUCUCACCAAAUGGACUUACAAAGUAGCACCAGGCAGAUAGGAAAGGGUUUGGAAAGUGAGGUUACCGACUCAGGAAUUUUUUUUUGUUGCAGAUAUUAUCUUUUUCCCAAAUUCUGUCUGAAAGAAAAAAAAAGUCUGGAUGGUUCUGUGUGUUUCCACCUUUUCUUCAUUGUGGUAUUUUUAUAAAUCAAACCUGUCUUUUGGUGUUCAAGGUUUUUGCAGAGUCCUGUUAGAUUUGUAUUGGCUAGUUAAAUGUUCUUAUAAUCAUAGUCUAAUGUGAACCACCCUUUCUUUGUUUUUGGUUUUCUGUUCUAAUGAAAGCCAGUGGGAGCUCUUAGAGGCAUCGUGCACUGCACUCUGUGAGCAAUAGCAACACCCCUCUAGUGCCCCAAAGUUAGCAAGACAGGGCUGCUAGCAGAUUGUCUGGUUUUUAGUGUGAGUAUUUGUAUUUGUUUCUUGUACAAGGUGAACAUAUAGCAUUCAGUGCAGUUCAAAUAAAAAAAUGCUGCUCUAUCAG